AUGGAAGAUUUAAAUCGAGGAAUUAAACAUUUGCAAGUUAAACCAAAAGGUAAAAGAAAACUUGAAAACGAAUUGGAUCUCCCGUCUGAAGAAAAAUACAUCUCUAAAGAUCAAGCCAAUAAGGUUGAUCGAGCACUUUAUGAGAUUUUUGAAAACACUAAUGAAAAAAAAAUAUUACAAGGCGUCCACUUGUUAGUAAUAGGUGGCCCAACUGGCACCUCAAAAACGUCAACAAUAAAAUAUGUCUGUAAAAAAAGAAAUUAUCAUAUUGUUGAUUGGACGGAAUUUCAAAAUAGUGAAGAAUUUGAAUCGGUUUUUGAUGGCCUUUCAACAUUUUUUACAUAUUUCAGUAGAAGGAUAGAAAAUCAAGCUCUCAAAAAUGGAUGCACAAAACAAAUAUUGCUUUUUGAUGAUUUGUCAGCCUUCACUCAUAAUCAUUCAAAUAAAAUUUUUAAUGAAGUAAUAGAAGUUUACUUAGAUAGUAAAACUGUAAAAUUUCCUAUAGUAUUCAUAAUCACGGACGUUCGAAUCAAUGAUACUGGCAAUGAUUAUACAGGCAAACAGGACAAGUUUAAAGAUAUCAAUAUGAGAACUUUUUUCACACCAAAUAUUCUUAGAUCAGAAAAAUCCAAGUGCAUCGAAUUUCCUGCUGUGCCAAAAUACUUGAUGAUAGAUGCUCUUCAAAAAUAUGCCAAUAAUGAAUAUAGAAACGACCAACAAAAAAGGCUGGCAUCGCUGCAGUUAAUUCAUUUAGUUGAAAAAAGGUCAAAUGGUGAUCUGAGGGGAGCGAUUAAUCUUUUGGAAUCUUUCCUCAUACAAAUACCCAAAGAAGUGAAGGAAGAAAUAAUUGCAGCAUCAAUGACUAAUGUUUUGUCAAGGUCUCCGAAAAAAUUAAAAACUUAUAAUACAAAUAAUGUAAAUGCAAGUCCCACGUCUCCAAAUAACUUUGCAUCAUCAUCAAAAUUUACAGUAAACGUCAACUAUGAAAUAGAACAAUUGGUCGACACAACAUUAAAUACUUUAUCUCGUGAUAAUUUAACAAACAAAUACACUGCUGUUAGAAAUGUAUUAUACAAUUUCAGAGCUGAACCUAAUGUUUUUGGUGGUGAUGAGACAAGUAUCAAACUUGGGAGGUUAAUGGGGAAAGAAGUCGCACCUGAUGAGAUGCCUGAUCGACAUCCUAUUCAAAUAAUGCCUGAAGUUUUUUUAGAUAAUCUUGAUACCGACUCUGACUUCUACCUUGAUUUAUUGCAAAACAAUUAUAUAAAUUCUUUUGGUAAUAUAUCAGAAUUAGCAUUUGCAGCUGAGAGGUUAAGUAGAUCUGAUUGUUUAACUAGAAAUGGCGAGAUAAUGAAUUCUGAAACCUUAAAAUCGUGUGCUGUUUUGUAUGCAACCAGAAGCUUAUAUUUUGCACAUAUACAGAAGGUACCAUUCAAUCGUUCUUUUUCAGGAUUUAAAAGAUCUCCAUAUUUUGAUACAUUUGGAAUUCAACGUCAAAAACAUAUGGAAUAUCAAGAAAUAUUAAACGCGACUUAUAAAAAGGAACACAGAGUUAAGAAUGACCAAAUAUGGCAAUUAGAGUAUGUCCCAUAUCUCAAACACAUUGUAAAAAAGAAAGAUAUUGCUUCAAAAUAUAACAGUUUGCAAAAGAAAUUGAUUGAUGAAUUAACAUUUUAUCAAAAACAUUGA